AGUAAAAUACGCAGAAGGAGAACAUUGCAUUCAUUUACGUUUGAUAUAUUUAAUAGCAUAUCGAUAGCACCAAUUUGAAGUUUCCAAAAUUAGACGGAAAUGACAUCACCACACACUCAGAGAGCUUUGUUUCUUCACAGAGUUUAAUCGAUCUUCUUCGAAGGAAGUGUAGCGCAGACAAGCGACUCCAUAAGGAAGAAAAAAAUAGAAAAAAUAAGAGAAAAAACUCGGUGAAUUAGUCUAAUCUAAAAGAUUUGAACAGAGUUUCGGAACUGUACAGGAAUUCCGGGAAGGGAACAAGCUCUGUCGGCACAGCCAUCUAACCAAAUAAAGUACCAACAUAGAAAUUAUGGAGGAUUCCCAUUUUAACUCUCAGUACUUCUGGUCCCCUGUGCCUGUACAAGGACAGAUUGAGAACGCCAUGUUCCUGAAACAACUGAAGGACCAGGAGAAGAACACUUCGUUCCCCUCAUCUCAUUACCAGACGACCUUGCUCACUGUCCCCAAGCAGGAAGGAGGGGGGCAGGGCCAAGGGGGUCACCUACACCCCCCUCACACCCAGAACAUCACUGUGGUGCCUGUACCUUCCACUGGUAUCAUGACAGCAGCGGGUCUGGUCAUCACAACCCCUCAAGGCACGCAGCUGGUCUCUCCUGCCACCUCCUCUCAGUCCUUCGUCUCUGGACAUCCCACCACCACCAUGAUCGUCUCUACACUGCACGCUCCAGAUAAGAAACAGGAAGGUGGAACCCCCCAGGUGGUCGUCAUGCCGACAACCUCGAAGCGAGGCAGGAAGAAGAAGUCGACACUAGGGAGGGCGGGGCCUGCUGGUGGCCACACCCUCUCCGCUGGAAAUGAAGCGUUGAUUCUGGCUCACUUGGCGUCGGGAGGGCAGGUGGUUAUGUCUUCGCAGCAUUAUAUAACUGACCCGUACGACCUCGCCAACGAAGACGAGAACCACAGCGGGAAGGACUGCAACAAGACCUACAGGUGCCGGAUGUGUGCGGUGACCUUCUUCAGUAAGUCAGACAUGCAGAUCCACUCCAAGUCUCACACAGAGGCCAAGCCCCACAAGUGUCCCCACUGCUCCAAGUCAUUCGCCAACUCCAGCUACCUGGCCCAGCACAUCCGCAUCCACAGCGGGGCCAAGCCCUACACCUGCUCCUACUGCCAGAAGUCCUUUAGACAGCUCAGUCACUUACAGCAGCACACACGAAACCACACAGAGUCCAAGCCCCACAAGUGUCCCCACUGCACUAAGUCCUUUGCAAACUCCAGCUAUCUGGCCCAGCACAUCCGCAUCCACACAGGGGUGAAACCGUACACCUGCUCUUUCUGUCAGAAGUCCUUCAGACAGCUCAGUCAUCUACAGCAGCACAACAGGAUCCACACAGGAGACAGGCCUUAUAAGUGUGUUCAUCCGGGCUGUGAGAAAUCCUUCACACAACUCUCUAACCUACAGUCCCACAGACGGCAGCACAACAAGGACAAACCCUUCAAGUGCACCAACUGUAACCGUGGUUACACGGACGCGGGCAGUCUGGAAGUCCACCUGUCCACUCACACGGUCAAACACGCCAAGCUCUACUCCUGUGGCCUCUGCAACCGCACAUACACCUCUGAGACGUACCUGGUGAAACACAUGCAGAAACACAACUCAGACCCGCUCACUGCAGCGGCGGUGGCUGCUGCACAGCACUCUCAGCAGAACCAACAGAACCAAAGCCAUACCCAGAACCAGGGAGGUUCUCAUGGCCAAGGCCGAGGAGAGGUCACCGAUAGUGGGGCAGACAGAGCCGAAGGUCAUGGACAAGGACAGAACCAGGGGCAAAACCAGGGUAGCUACUCUCAGGCAGAGACGGCAUCCUGCCCCUUUGACCUGCACCAGUAUAAGACAGUCGCUGCAGGGGACAUCCAGUUCAAAACAGUCAGUGUGGCGGACCUAGUGACCCACAAGGACCUCUGUCUCACCGUGGCUACCUCCACCAUUCAGGUGGAGCACCUAAACUCAUAGGGGUAGGAGGGAGGAGUGGUAGAGACUGAGAGAAACUGGAGGAGCCCUAUGGACAGACUGGAUAAAAGCAAUACAGGGGGGAUAUAGGAAGAUGUGACUGUGCCUGAAAGGUGGGUAAUGGAAGAGGAAGUUAAGAGAUGUUCAAACAGAGAUGGAGUCUGGAAAUAGAGGACUUUGUAGUUUUUUGUACUUGUUUAUCACUUUUAUUUCAUUAUGCCUAUGUUUUUGUACUACUUUUAUAAUGGAUGGCUAGUGUAUACCGUUGGUAAAGGAGUGUUUCUCUGUCACUGCAAUGGUGAGGAAGAGACAAAAAAUGAGUGAAGAAGAGCGAAUGUUUUCUUAUUUUUUUUAUCCUCCAACACAACUUUGAUUAUGGUUACAUCCGUGAAGUGUAUAAAACUGACAGAUAACUGUUAAGGUAAAUUUUUCUACUUUCCCACGGAUACUAUCAGGUUUUGAUUACAUCAUCAUUGUCAUGAUGGUUACUGUAAUCUACCUUCUAAAAUUUGCUCACAAAUCUUUUUCACUGAAAAAAAAGGGAAGUUGGCUGUUUUUCUGUUUCUGAAAAGAAAAAAGGCCUGCAAAAGUAUAUAUUGAUGUAUAAUCCAUACUAUAUAACACUUUGAUAUUUAGCCUCAGUCCACAAGCCAAUCAUAGAGCCCUGUUUACCUCACAUGACCCUGUAAGAACUGGGAAGUGAAUGUGAUCAGCUGGUACAUGUUAUGUAAUCCUUGUAGUAUUUAUUUUUUUGUGACCUAAGAAUAUCAUUGUUAUCCAAAUAUAUUCUGACUACUUCCACUAAUGUUAUACUAAAGUGUAUGAGCCUUUACAAAUAGACUGAUACAUAUGAAAAUACAAUUUUCCCUUAUCAAACAAUAAACCUCACUGAAGUCCGACAA